GUGCUGUUCUUCAUGAUGCGUUGGCCUGAGCCCAUUAUCCAUUGGCUCCCACAACCCAGUACUGUGCCUGAGUAUGUCUCAGAAUCCAUCGACUGGGACUCUCUGCCUCAAGAACUCCCCAACCUGACCAGCCUUCUAUAUUGGCCUCCAACUGGUGAAGACAGGGAUGAUUUUUUGGCCUCUACCAGCCCCAGAACCACCACAUACUGCUUGAAGGGUUCAGCCCACACCACCUUUACUCUGGGAAGUAACCUAGAAGCCAUCCUUGUGGCUAGGGAUCACCGAGGAAGAGCUAAAGUUCANGGUGGAGAUCUGUUUCGGGCACAGCUGCUGGGCCCAGAAUUGAGAGCAGGAGUCCCAGGGGAGGUGAAGGAUCUNGAGAAUGGCACUUACCUCUUGUCCUUCCCCCUGCUCUGGGCUGGACGGGCCCAGGUGCAAGUGCGGCUGAUCCACUCCAGUGAGGCAGUUAGGGUCCUGCAAAGAGUCUGGAGAGAAAAACGAGCCACUGUUGAUUUUAGAGGGUAUUUCCGAGGAACAGAUGGCNCUCUAGAGACUGUCAUCUGUAACGUGGACCCCCAGUCAACUGGAGCCAAAGGGCCUACCUGCCAGUACAAGGAUGUGGUUUCUGGGGAGAGCUGGUUCUGUGCUCAACCNUCUACUUUGCCCUGCAAUGCUUUAGUGGGUCACUCAAGUGGAAGUUAUCUGAAGGUGACCACGUCACAUGAUGAAGCCCUGCUUGCUGGGUAA